AUGGAGGAGACACUAGUAAAGCAUGUACUAGAAGACUCACAUAUGACAUCAAAAGCUCAGAAAAUGAUACAUCCAUGUAAGCAGCAACGACAGGAUUCACAAGACGAUGAUCAACACAGAUUGCAAGAACAAAAAUUAGAAUCCAAUUUAUCAUCAGCAUCGGCAAACACUCCAACGUCAGAAAUAGCGGCUCAGAACGUCGUUACAGGAAGGAAAGCGGCUAGAUCACUUAGGCUAUUUAGAGGCGACACUACUAUAAAUCAAAUUGGUGACUUGAUUGAUCAGAAGGAACCCGGAUAUGAGUUGAAUGAGAAAUCUCCCGUCGAUUUUAAGUCAUUGAAGGAGUCCAAAGAGACACCUAAAAUACAACUGUCAUUAUUACCUGGGAAUGAGCCCAGAGUUUUUGACUUGGAGCCUGUUUCAUCUGCGACAUAUUUCCCCCAUACACCAGCUGAUCAGUCGGCUUCCUUAGCAACAAUUCAGAACAAUAUCUCAGCACUUCCCGAAACGCAACACUUAACUGCAGACUUAGAAUUUGACCACUCUCAAGAUGGUGACAUAACAAAGAUCCAUAAAUAUAAGAAAGAUGAUCAGCCAGAAAAAGAAAAUGAAGAUCAAAAAGACGUCGAAGUAGACAAGAAAGAAGUUAAAUUUGGGGAGACUCAUGUAUAUCAUCUCGAUUUACGUGGAAAAACAGAGACUUUCCCGUUAGCUGUAGAGUUAAGACCUUUUAAAAAUAAAGUAGGCGGACACACUGCAAUCUUCAGCUUCUCCAAGAGAGCUGUAUGUAAAGCCUUGAUGAACAGAGAAAACAUUUGGUACGAGAACGUGGAAUUGAGACAUCCUGAAUUAUUAAAGUUUAUGCCCAAAUAUAUAGGCGUAUUGAACGUUAGAUACUCUAGUGUCAUUAAUGAGGAAAGUCUUCAAAUAUCUCGGUCGGGAAGUUUGAGCAACGAUUCACGCUCUAAUGAAGUAAGCUAUUCAUUGAGGUCCAAUUUUGAUGACGAGAACCUAAACCCAGAAGUUGUGUUGGAUGAUAACCGGCAUAUCAUUCCAGACAAAUUAUGGAAGAGAUACUCAAGCUCGAUCCAUUCUCCUAUUGAUUCCCUCGGAAGUAAAGAUUCUUUUAGCUUACAAGAUUCAUCCUACUCGUCACCGAAUGACACAUUUAAAAAAACAGGCAAUUAUGGUUCAACAUCAGUCAAUAAGGACUUGCAAGCUCAAAUAUUACAAGAGGUUUUCCGCCCUAAAUCUGUACGGAAGGAUACUUCAGAUGAAGAACAAGAUGAUAUAUUCUCUAUGGACGAUGAAGCUAUAUCUGAUGAUGAUGAUAGACAUAAUUCUAUGGUUUCUCCGAUCUUAUCACCUCACGAAAAAACAGAGGGUCCAAUUUUGAGGAAACAUACCAGAUUUGAAAGGUUUAUUCUUCUAGAAGAUUUGACAACCAACAUGGUUAAACCAUGCGUCUUGGAUCUUAAGAUGGGUACGAGGCAGUACGGGGUAGAGGCAGACCAAAAAAAGCAGCUUUCACAAAGAAGGAAGUGUGCAAUUACUACUUCUCGUGAGUUAGGAGUUAGGAUAUGUGGUCUUCAGGUUUACAAUCGUGCGAAACAAGCAUAUUUUGUCAAGGAUAAAUACUUCGGAAGACGAGUGAAGAAAGGAAAGGAAUUUUGUAAAGUUCUUGCGAAGUUUAUUUACGAUGGACGCACAAUUUAUUCAAUUUUGGUUAAGUUGCCUACUUUGAUACAGCAAGUAGAAGAGCUAUUAGGUAUAUUCUCUACUUUGAAAGGUUAUAGGAUGUAUGGAUCAUCUAUCUUACUCAUGUAUGAUGCGUUGGGAACAAAAAUUGGAGAUAUAAAGGUAAGAAUAAUUGACUUCGCACAGUCUGUAAUAGCAGAGGACAUGUUACCCAGAGCCACCACCGUCCCCCCUAAGCAUUCAAAUAUGCCAGAUAUGGGGUAUCUCAGAGGUCUCAAAUCGAUAAUUUUUUAUUUGAAAACUAUAUUCUUAAUUUUGAGUGAGCAAGAAUAUACCAGAGAAGCAGAGAAAAUAAUUAAUGAAAACAAAGAUAAAUAUAUGGUACCGAAUGUGUGGCUCGAUUCAUAUAAGGAAGAGUUAUCUAAAGAUGGUAACACAAGAAGAAAUUUCAAUUCAGAGAACGACUUGGAAGGAAUGGAAGAUGGCUCUGAUGACCCAUUUGAUAUAGAAUAUCCCGACAAUCCUUCGUCUGACGAUGGAAUUUCGGAUUGA